AUGCUGAAGCAGAGGAAAAGGAAGCCGCGGGUGCCGGUUGUAAACGUGGAGGCUCCUCCGGCGGUAGCUACUGAGGCACCAAAGGCGGUGAGUCAGGAGCAGGUGGUUGAUGCUGUGCAAACUGAACAGAAUGAAGAUGGGUGCGACGACGCGGGGUCGGUCUCAGCUGCCAGGGAAGAUGAGGAGGAGGGAGAGGCGUCGGCCGACGCCGUGCAGGAAUUGAGGGCGAGUAACGGAGAAGGUCAGGGCUACCUCAGGUGCGAUCUCUGCAAUGAAGUCAUCGACGAGGAAGAACAUUUGCACCACCAGAGAAACCACAUGGCGUUAAUGCACUGGUGUGACCGAGUUCUUUCUGUGUGGGCGUUGAGACUACGCACGACGCCUGUGCCACCAGAGCACUGCAGCGCUCUUGGCCUUUUUGUGCUUGAGAUUGUUUCGGAGCUGGAUAAGGGUCCAGCAGCAUUUGCGUUGAUCCAGCGUGCGUCGGAGCAGCUUAAUGGAGUUGCCCAAAGCGUUUUGCCGAGUGCAACGGUGUUUCUCUUUGGGAGUUGCGUUGCCUCCGGCUCAUGGGAUGGCGUCAGCGACGCCGAUUUCACGGUGCUGGAGCCCUCUCUCGUGAAGCUGUUUGCGGCGGGAGCGUUGGAGCACCCUGACGAGCGGCGACACAUUUUGCGCAUCGCUUCCGCGCUCCGCAAUUCUGGCUUCCUGCACAAUGAGCUGGAAGUUGUCAUCAAGACACGCGUGCCUGUUGUGAAACGGAAUCGAAAGGUGCAGGCUCCCCUGCUUCUUCCGGACGCACAGAAGGGCUACAAGCUUGACUACGUCUUCUUGGAGCCGCAGGACAAUAGGGCAUACAAAGACUUUGUGUGGGAAGCAAGACGCAGAAAUAUUCGGGUGGAUGAGAGCAAUACGAACAAAUUGACGCUGCACUUUCACAGUGCCCUGCAGGCACUGCGGUAUUACCGAACGAGGGUAAGGGGUCUGAAAAACGUGGUGAAAGCUUGGAAGCCGGAUCAUCAGUUGCCGGAUAUCUUUGCUUUAGAUUUUGACAUUAGCUGUAGACCACUGGGGGUGCGCAAUAGCUGGUUUAUGCGGGAGUAUCUCUCACAGCAUUCUGUGGUCCGGGCAGGUGUGGCGUUUCUCAAGCGAUGGAGUAAGCAGUGUGGAAUUAACAACGCUCAGAAGGGUUACCUGACGUCGUAUGCUGUCAUGAUUCUUUGGGUGUAUUACCUGCUGCAGCGUGGCCUUGUCUGUUACGUUGACCCGGUCUCUGUUUCUAUUGUACCGUCGGGUGCCCCGGUGCAUGUGCCAUACAUCCCCCUCCUGGGGGUUGAGGGGGCUGGCGGUGGAUCUAUGGGCAGUGUGUCGAGUUCCCCGGUGUUGGCGGAAUUAAAGGCGAAUCUCGGUGACUGCGUGGCGGGGUUCUUUUCCUUCUAUUCGGAGUUUCCGUGGGACGAGCGUGUGGUCUCGCUACGGUCGCCGAACAGCGACGUGACACGGGAGAGUCUUGGUUGGGUGGAAGCCGCCGAUGUGAUGGCGAAGAGGCUACGAGAUCGUGUCUGGUAUCGCAUGUGCAUCGAGGACCCGUACGAGGAUAACCUGAACCUCGGGCGCCACCUUUCGCCCAACAAGUUCGCCUUUGUGCGUUCACAGUUCGUUGUCGCCCUCGGUUGGGUGAUGGGAGGCCGGCCAGAGCAGCUCCUGCUGGAUACCAGGGCAGUGGCGGACGCCACACUGCGGGCACAUCUGCACCAUCUUGUGUAUGCAGAGGGACUGAAGGCGAUCUCGCUUCCAGAAGCGCGAGACUACAUUCUCUCGCGAGUCGAUGAAGAGACACUGGCCUACUACGAGGUGCAGCACCCCUUCGAUUCCAUCUGUGAGAUGCUGAUGAGCAUAACUGUCAGUGGCAGCAAUAGCAACCGCAGCGGAGACACCCACUCUUCCAAUACCGGGAAAGUGAGCAUUGCUGAUGUUGCAGACGGUGCAGAUGCCAAGGCAGACGGUGCAGAUACCAAGGCAGACGGUGCAGAUGCCAAGGCAGACGGUGCAGAUGCCAAGGCAGACGGUGCAGAUACCAAGGCAGACGGUGCAGAUGCCAAGGCAGACGGUGCAGAUGCCAAGGCAGACGGUGCAGAUGCCAAGGCAGACGGUGCAG